UAUAGAAGUGAAAACUCACACAGUGUCUGACACUGAGAGGAGAUAUGGCACAGAAAGGAGCUCAGCUGAACAGGGAAAUCUCUUGUUCAAUCUGUCUGGAUCUUCUUAAGGACCCAGUGACCAUUCCCUGUGGACACAAUUACUGCAUGAACUGUAUUAAAACCCACUGGGAUCAAGAUGAGAGGAGAAUGCACAGCUGCCCACAGUGUAGGCAGACUUUCACACCAAGACCUGCCCUGGUGAAAAACACCAUAAUGGCACAUUUAGUGGAGGAGAUAAAGAAGACUGCUGCUCCUGCUGAUCACUGCUAUGCUAGACCUGAAGAUGUACCCUGUGAUGUCUGCACCGGGAGAAAACUGAAAGCCUUCAAGUCCUGUUUAUUCUGUGUGGCAUCGUACUGUGAGAAACACCUUCAGCAUCAUUAUAAUGCAGCUCCAUUGAAGAAACACAAGCUUGUGGAGCCCUGUAAGAAGCUCCAGGAAAACAUCUGUUCUAGUCACAAUGAGCUGAUGAAGAUUUUCUGUCGUACUGAUCAGCAGCGUAUCUGCAGUCACUGCAAACUGGAUGGCCAUAAAUACCACGAAACAGUCCCAGUUGAAGCAGAAAGGACCAAGAAGCAGAAGGAGCUGGAAAUGAGUCGACAGAAACUCCAGCAGAGACUUUGUGACCGAGAGAAAGACGUGACGAUUCUUCAACAGGAGGUGGAGUCCAUCAAUCAGUCGGCUGAUAAAGCAGUGGAAGAAAAUGAAAAGAUCUUUGCUGAGCUCAUCUGUCUCAUGCAGAAUAGAAGCUCAGAUCUGAAGCAGCGGAUCAGAUCCCAGCAGGAAACUGAAGUGGGUCGAGUCAAAGAGCUUCAAGAGAAGCUGGAGCAGGAGAUCGCUGAGCUGAGAAGAAAUGACGCCGAGCUGGAGCAGCUGUCAUGCACAGAGGAUCACAACCAGUUUCUACACAGCUACUCCUCACUGUCAGCACUUAAUGAGUCUACAGACUCAUCCAGCAUCGAGAUCCGUCCUCUGAGGUACUUUGAGGAUUUGACAGCAGCUGUGAAAAAGGUCAGUGAUAAACUGCAGGACGUUCUGAAAGAGAAAUGGACAAACAUCUCACUGACAAUCACUGAGGUGGAUGUUUUGCUGUCACAACCAGUGCCAAAGACCAGAGGUGGAUUCUUAAGAUAUUCACGUGAAAUCAGAAUGGAUCUGAACACAGCUAACACAUCAGUGUUAUUAUGUGAGGGGGGUAGAAAAGCCACAGCUGUGAAAGAACAGCAGUCAUAUUCUAGUCAUCCAGACAGAUUCAGUGGAUGGUGUCAAGUCCUGAGUAGAGAGAGUCUGACUGGACGUUGUUACUGGGAGGUGGAAUGGAGCGGGAAACAGGUUUAUAUAGCAGUCGCAUACAAGAGUACCAGCAGAUCAGGGCUCUCAAAUGAAUGUGGAUUAGGAUUCAAUAGGACAUCGUGGGCAUUAUGUUGUGACCAAAAUGGUUUUAAAUUUAUGCACAACAAUUCUCACAAGGCUGUCUCAGGUCCUCAGUUUGGGAGAGUAGGAGUGUACCUGGAUCACAGUGCCGGUAUUCUGUGUUUUUUUAGCGUCUCUGAAACCAUGACUCUUCUCCACAGAGUCCAGACCACGUUCACUCAGCCGCUCCAUGCUGGAUUUCGGCUUUCAGAUUAUGGAGACACUGCUGAGUUCAGGAAACUCAAAAUAGAGAGAGGUCAUGUAAGGGACAGUUAGUUAAAAUGCAUGUUCGCAGAAUGCCCAUGCUGACUUUCUAUUGAGUAGAGAAUUAAUUUUGAAGUCCGUUUUCUGUCUGUAAGUUCAUGUAUGGGUACAUUUCAGAACUAUUUUACUGCUAUGUUUGUGCUGCAUUUAUCUAUGCUGAGUUAUAAUAGUGUAAUCAUAGUGUCUUGAUUACUGAUAUUUUUAAGAAAUAUGUUAAGGCAUACUUUUUUAAUGGUCUUUGCUACAACUUUUUUAUCCUGACGUAAUCUUUUGUCCUUUUGGGUGAGUUUUGUUUUUUAGGUUCUGUUUUAAUAGAUCAGAAGUUGUUCAAAUCAAUGUACAGACAAACAGCUGAUACUGUGAAUCAGUUGGUGAGAUUUUUCUUGACUAAACAAGCGAGAUGUCCACACUUUACUCAGUCAUUAUGUUAAUAAACUGAAGCCUUACAGAGUUAUUAA